AGCUGAGUGUGCGUCUCAUCUAAUAGAGCCUCGGAGCGCAUUAUCUUCCCCGCCAUCUCCGUUUGGGCGGGCGGUGCUGAAGGGAAACGUCCAGAAGAGCGGAUAUUCUCAGACGCCGAGUGUAAUUGGUGUGAUUCCUGUCCCUGUUGGGUGGCUCAAACCUAUUCAUAGCGCGGGAGUAGGAUAGAGAGAGUGGGGAUGAGAUCCGCGCAGUGAUCCGCACGCAGUUGGAAAGGAAGGAAUUAUAAACAGGAGGGACGCACACGACCAGGUCAAAGUUUAUUUUGCGAAGUGGGCUUUUUUUCCUUUUCUGCGGACAUCACUGCGCCUCAGAUUGACGCCGUGAUGGAAUGACACUUUGAGAGAGGAUGAUGGACACUUUGGCACCGGAGCUCCGUCUCAGAAAUCCCCCCGCUUACACCAGGCGCGGUGCUGCUGACCGAGCCCUCAGGACGGUGAUCAGUCAUUUGUUUUGAAGUGGCAGGAAAAUCCUCCUCUUGAUCGUUUUCUCCAAACAAGAGUGAGAGAUGGUGCGCACAGCGAUUCCUCUGAGACAGACGUGCGUACUCAUCACAUUGCCGUUAAUGAGCGCGUCUUAAAGAGCUUCUUUCUUCAUCCUUCUUCAUUCUUCUUCUCUGAACUUGUUGAACGGCGUUAAAGAGAGAGCAGGGGAACAGGGAGUACCCUGUACAAGAAAUCACUACAUCGCCACGCAGGAAGAGGACCAUGAUUGACAGCCGGGCAAGCUGAGGAGACCUGUCACUCAUCUUCCUAUCAGCGUGAAAGAGGGCUAUCUCCUUCUCACCUUCCCCCCCUCUUCCUCCUCCUCACUUCCACCUUACCUAAAUCCUCUUAUCUACUCAAUGGGCUGGUAACCUCACUAUCCCUCAUAGUUAUCCAGCACUCGAGAAAAAGAGACAGAAGUAGUAAAGAAAAACAACGAGACACUUCUAAACCUUCCCUCGCUCCACCUGAGGGGAGCUUGGCAUGCCUCCUCACUCCAGUUGAGUGAGUUGUAGAAAGAGGGAUCCCUUGUUAGUACAGAAUACAGGAGAUACAGCUCCUCGAAGAAGGAGCCCAGAGAGGACCAGUCAUGCGUUUCCAUUUUGCGCUGACGCUGUGGACCAGCGUGUGCCAGGCCGUGCAGCACUACCCCGCCGCAUGGGGCCACUACGACUUGUGUAAAUUCCAGAUUUACACAGAAGAAGGCUUAACCUGGGACUACAUGGCCUGCCAGCCAGAGGCCGCAGACAUGACCCAGUACCUAAAAGUCACUCUGGAUCCCCCCAACAUCACCUGUGGAGACCCUCCGGAGACAUACUGUGCCCUGGAGAACCCCUACAUGUGUAACAAUGAAUGUGACGCCAACACAGAGGAACUGGCCCACCCUCCAAAGCUCAUGUUUGACAUCGAGGGCCGUAAUCCCACUACUUUCUGGCAGUCCACAUCUUGGCAGAAGUACCCAAAGGCCCUUCUGGUAAACAUCACGCUAUCAUGGAACAAGACCAUCGAGCUGACUGAUGACAUCGUCCUGACCUUUGAGUCAGGCCGGCCCGAGCAGAUGGUCCUAGAAAAGUCUCUGGAUUAUGGAAGAACCUGGCAGCCGUACCAGUUCUAUGCCACUGACUGUCUGGACGCCUUCACCAUGGAGCCCAAGACGGUGCAGGACCUGACUCAGCACACACUGCUGGACAUCAUCUGCACAGAGGACUACUCACGAGGGUACGUGUGGAAGUAUGACAAAACGGUGCGCUUUGAGAUCAAGGACCGCUUUGCGCUGUUUGCUGGGCCCCGACUCCACAACAUGGCUUCGCUUUAUGGCCAACUGGACACCACCAAGAAUCUGCGGGACUUCUUCACCAUCACAGACCUGAGAAUCCGUCUGCUGCGACCUGCCACAGGAGCGACCAUGGUGGACGAGGACAAACUGACCAGAUACUUCUACGCCAUUUCUGACAUCAAAGUCCAUGGCAGGUGCAAGUGCAACCUUCACGCCAACAGCUGUGUGUUUGACAAAGAGAAGUUGGGCUGCGAGUGUGAACACAACACCACUGGGCCUGACUGUGGCCGCUGCAAGAAGAGUUACCAGGGCCGAGCCUGGAGUUCUGGCUCCUACCUGCCCAUCCCCAAGGGCACCGCUAAUAUCUGUAUCCCUAAUAACAUUGGUCCAGUUAACUGCGAAUGCUUCGGCCACUCCAACCGAUGCAGCUACAUCGAGCUGCUAAACACCGUCAUUUGCGUGAGCUGUAAGCACAACACUAGGGGCCAGCACUGCCAGCUGUGCAAGCUGGGCUACUACCGCAAUACCUCAGCAGAACUGGACGAUGAAAAUGUGUGCAUAGAGUGUAAUUGUAAUCCCUUUGGCUCAGUCAAUGAUCGCUGUAAUGGCACAGGAUUUUGUAUAUGUAAGGAGGGCACUACAGGGCCUAAGUGUCAGCAGUGUCUACCCGGCUAUUUGUGGGACGAUGGCUGCAAAUCCCGGGUGUGUGACAACGAGCUCCUGCGCUGCCAGAAUGGGGGGGUGUGUGUGAACAACGUGCGCUGCAGCUGUCCCUCAGACUACUCCGGCUUGCUGUGUGAGAAGUCCCGCUGCGAGGCGGAGCUGGGGGGCUGCCGGGGCCCCGACUCGGGGGCCGCCCUGCCUGCCCCCUCCCUCAGGCUGCUGCUGCUGCUGCUGCUGGGCUCCGCUCUGCUGGGGGGGGCCUCGGCGCUCUGAAGAGACCGGGACCUGGUCGGAGUUUGUCACUCCCACCUUCUCCACUCUUACCCCCCCCACCCAUUUCAAAUAAUCAACCAUUAAACAAGAACAUGAGCUUUCUGGACUGUCCUGAGCUUGUCCGCCAGACUCUAAGGACACUCCGCUGACGAUAAGAGAAUGUGCCAGACUAAUGAGUGCAAAAACUUUUCAUUGAAUUUCAAAGAAUAUAUAGAAAUGGAAAAAAAAACAUAUACUUCUAAAAAUGCCAGAUAUUAUUUAAAAAAAGAGCCUAAUAAGAGUGAAAUGUGCAAAGAACAAUGAGACCCCCCUCCCCUUCUAAGCCAUACCAGGUACUCCUUCCAGUUUGAGAGGGGAUAACUGAAGAUGACAGACUCGUUCUUUUCCUCUCUUAUUGCCACGGCAACAACAGCUGCGACCAAUCAGCUCUGGAGCGAGCCGGCAGUGGUCGUCGAUCCCCCCCCCCCCCCCCCCCGGGACGCUUCUUGCUGCGUAACGUUGGCCGGACCGCUGCUGAAGACUUUUCAGAGAAAGUGUUAGACCUGAGAACAGGAGGCAUUCUUUGCUGUCAGUGCAUUGUGGAUAGAAGGAAAUCUGUCCGGACUGCCACUUUGUGACACAAACCCCCCGCCCAUGUCGACCCCCCUCUAGCUUUCUGUCUCUUCCUCAUCCCCCCCCCCUCCACCCCGCCAUGCUGCCACAGACCUGUGCUUUCCGUGAACGUUACUCUGUAAAACCCUUGUUGGUUGAAAGAUUAUUUUGUCCGAUGUUAGUGAUGCACAUGUGUAAGAAGCCCCUCCCCCCUCCUCUCCUCCCCUCCUCUUGCAAAAAAGGUACUCCAAACUAAGCCGUCUGAUUCUUUUUUCUAUCUUAGAGCCGCCACGCUCCCCACGAUCAUGAUGCGAGGAUAGUUUUCACCCGAGCAGACGAAGAGCUUAGAGAACCAUCGGUGUAUUUGCAAGUUCUCCUCUCGACAGAGCAAACAAAAAAGAGUCAUGUAGUCCUUUUGUAUCUUUGCCGAACUGUGAUUGAGAAAAGGCAACCUUUAAUGUAUCUAUUGAAAAAACAUCCAAAUGAAGAAGCAAUUGUUUUUUGGUUUCUUUUAUUUUUUAUUGGUUUCCAUUUCUUUCAUUCACUUGUUUUAUUCGUUAAUAUUUCUUUUAGUUGUGCAGUUGAUUUUCCUUUGUAUUGGCAACGUGCUGGCAUCAAAGAAUAUCAGUUUACAUAUACAGUAUUAAUAAAGUGUAAUAAAAUCCCACCAAAGGACAUUAUAAAUGUUUUGUUCUUGCUUUAACACUUGAGAA